UAGAUUGUCGCUAGCUAAACAAGCAGAGUUGUCCAACUGAUUAAUUGAUUAAUUAAUUAAUAUUAAAUGUAAAUGACAUUAAAUUUUAAUUAUGUUAUUUUUAAGAACGAUUGCUUUGUUAAUAUUUUUUGCGUUUUGUUGUGAAAGUAAAAAAACUAAGAAAAUACCAAGUAUUUGUACUACAACAUCAAAAUCCCAAGAAAAAAAUCAUGAUGGGACCGAGAAACCUGGAUGCUCUGAAUUCAUUUACCCUUUUUGGGAUCAUACUUUAUCAAUAGAGGAGAGGUUGGAUGAUUUGAUGAGGCGUUUAACUCUCCAGGAGAUGGUGGAUCAGAUGGCAAAUGGGGGUGGAGUCCCACCUGAUCCGGCACCGGCCAUUGAAAGGUUGGGUAUUCCGCCAUACAAUUUUGACACUGAGUGCCUCAGGGGUGUGGCGGAUCUCAAUUCAACUGCGUUCCCUAUGCCUAUUGGCCUAGCUGCUUCAUUCAGUCCUGAUUUGCUGUAUGAAGUUGCAUCUGCCAUAUCAACGGAGGUGCGAGCCAUCCAUCACAAUGCAACCAAGCAUGGGGAUUAUGGGGGCAUGAAAGGUCUGAAUUGUUUUGCUCCCUUCAUGAACUUGGCCCACCACCCACUCUGGGGCAGAUUGCAGGAAGUGUUUGGAGAGGACCCCUUCCUCAUUGGCCAGCUGACAAAAAGUUAUGUCAAGGGCUUACAAGGCAACCAUCCAAAGUACAUCAAGGCAAUUGCCGGUUGCAAAACUGUGCUGGUGCAUUCUGGACCGGAAAACAUUCCAUCGUCUAGAUUCACCUUUGAUGCCAAAGUCACAUGGAGGGAUCUCCAACUGACCUUUUUACCCCAUUUCAAGGAUUGCAUUGAAGCUGGUGCACUCAACCUUAUGUGCAGUUAUAACAGCAUAAAUGGCGUACCAGCAUGUGCCAACAAAUCCUUACUGACCGACCUUAUAAGGAAGGAAUACAAGUUCGAAGGAUUCAUCGUGAGUGACAUGGACGCCAUAGAAAACAUAGCAAACGGCCACAAAUACGCUCCCAACUAUUUAGAGUCUGCCGUCCUGGCAGUCAAUGCUGGCGUCGAUCUGGAACUUCACGGAACCGCCAACAUUUCGUACAAGCUGCUGGUCGAGGCAGUCGAACAAGAGAAGGUUCUCUACUCAACAAUUCUCAACAGGACUCGUAAACUUUUUGAAGCAAGAAUGAAAUUAGGCUUGUUUGAUCCGCCUUCUUUGAAUCCAUACACUGACAUCGACAUCAACGAAGUCAUUCAGAGUGACUAUCACCGAUCACUCGCCAUGGUAGCUGCCACCAAGAGUUUUGUCCUCCUGAAGAACAUAAACAACAGAUUGCCACUCGUGGAGGGGUCCAUAGAUAAAUUAGCCAUAAUUGGUCCGAUGUCUAACAACAUGGAUCAAAUAUUUGGGGGAUAUACCCCGAUGGUCGUCAGGCAGUUCACUACCACACCGUACGACGGUCUGAAAAUGAUGGUUAAGCAGGCCGUUCUCGUUGAAGGCUGUGAGUCGAAUGCAUGCAAAACGUACGACCAGCCUGGCGUCAUCAAAGCGGCUUCAGACGCCGAUGUCGUUGUCGUCUGUCUCGGAACUGGACAGAAGAUUGAAGGGGAGGACAAGGACAUGCCAGAUAUGAGUCUUCCCGGUCUACAGACGCAACUACUCAGAGACGUUGUAUCACAUGCUAAAAGUCCUAUAAUCUUGCUACUGUUCACUGGCUGUCCAAUUGACCUGGUGGAAUUCAACUACACGCAAAACGUCGGAGCCAUCAUGCAGUGUUUUUAUCCGGCGCAAUCAACAGGGGAAGCCCUUAAAAGAGUUUUGUUCAAAAACAUAGGUGAUAAUGGAGACUGGUCGAUGGUGAGCCCGUCCGGUAGACUGCCUUACACCUGGCCUAUGGAUCUUAAGCAAGUGCCGCCGAUGGAGGAUUAUUCCAUGGUCAACAGGACGUAUCGUUACUUAACAUCCAGGCCACUCUACCCGUUUGGCUACGGACUGUCAUACGCUUCGUUCUUUUAUUUUGAUUUGUCAGUCUAUCCUACUGUCAUCAACAUCAGCAGUGGAUUUGAUGACGUCAUUAAUGUUGGUGUUUCCGUAAAGAAUGCCGGACCUGUUGACGCUGAAGAGGUGGUCCAGGUGUACAUAUCGUGGAGAUUCCUACCCAAAGAAAUUGUUAUGCCAAACGUACAGCUCGUAGCCGUUUCAAGGCAGAUUGUCAUGCUAUCGGCCGAUCGUGCUCAGUUCAAACUGCAGUUUAAAAGUGAACAGUUGAAAGUUUUUGUCGACGACGUUGGAUUCACUUACAUUCCCGGAAAGAUAGACGUUUACGUUGGCGGGCAACAACCAUUUGAUAAAAGAAUCGUCAACUCGAAUGUGCUUCAGUCACGUAUAGAAAUUGUCAUCUAAUAUUAUUUUCUUUACUCUUUGUCGUAUUGACUUUUUACCGGCUUUAUUCGUAUUUAGUACAUUCAGAUUGAAUGCAUGUUUUUAUCAAUGAAUUGUUUUUUAUUUGAACAAUCGAUAAGCAUCGUGUUUGUGUGCCAAUAAGUAGUGGAUUCUUAUAUUAAAUGUGAUAAGAUUGUUUAUAAAUGUAAUAUUCC